GACAUCUAGGGUUAAGUACAACAAUUUCAUGAAGGCUAAGAAUCCAAGCUAAAGUCAAAUAAAACCAGUAAAGGCUACGACACAUACAAUAAAGUACGGGUAAUAAAACAUAUACCUAAGUUAAUACCUUUCGGCAGGAGACAGUGCAGCGCACUUAGUCGGUUCGGCAGCUCUGAACUCUGUGCAUCGGAUGCAGCUCGCUCGCGCCGCACCCACUCAUGGGCCUUGGCACAUCUCCCAUAUUCGCUUAAACUUAUUCGGUUCAAAAUUAACUACUUUACCGAACCAUUAUAAGUUUCAAUCUGCAAAAGGUCAUCGCAGUUUAAAGUAACGUGUUGUGCGGAACGCACGCGACCAGUUUCGAUGCAUAGCGAUACGCAGUGUUGCGAGCGAGUGACAUAUUAAAGUGGGUCUUCGGUAAUCUGGUCAUCAGACCUCCCUCUUCAACUUAAUGUGUUGGUCACCAGCAGUGGAAAAUAAUGCUAUAAAAAGUUUGAUUUUCAUAGGUUCAAAUACCUAUAAUUACUGAGGAUUAGGCAAAGAAAUGAGAUUUAAAAAGGCUUCAUACCCAAAAUGCGACGAAUAUUAUUUUUCUAUACCAUUGUCGUAAUAACCGCUACGGAUGUAUCUAAAGUAUUUGAUUUCUGGACCGAUAUAUUUAGGCCAUUACCCCGUAAUCCGAGAGAGGGGUUUCCACCAGAUUAUACCCCUCAUGACCAAGAAGAGUUCGAUUUUAUAAUUGUUGGAGCCGGCUCGGCGGGGUGCGUCCUAGCAAACAGAUUGACCGAAGUAAACAAAUGGAAAGUUUUGUUACUAGAAGCAGGAGGCAACGAAAAUUUUUUCUCAGACAUCCCCAUAUUUGCAUCGUUCCUAUCUUUGACUCCGAUGAAUUGGGGCUACACCUCUGAGCCUCAAAAAAAAGCUUGCAAAGAUCUCCGAGGAAAAGUUUGUUUCUUACCCCGAGGAAAAGUGCUCGGUGGCAGCAGCGUAUUAAACUUUCUAAUUUAUCAACGAGGACAUCCGGAUGACUACAAUGACUGGGCGCGAAUGGGCAACAUCGGCUGGAGCUAUUACGAACUGUUACCUUAUUUUAAAAAGUCGGAAAAUAUUAGAAUACCCGAACUAAUGAAUUCUUCGUAUCACGGCAGGGGAGGAUAUAUGGAUAUAGACUAUGCCCCGUACCGGUCUCCCCUUGAGAGUAUAUUUAGAAGAGCUGGGGAAGAACUCGGUUAUGAAUGGAACGAUCCAAAUGGAGAAAAUGUUAUAGGGUUCUCUAAGCCCCAAGCCACGAUGAGGAAAGGCCGAAGAUGCAGCACUUCCAAGGCCUUUCUAGAACCUGUCCGCUUUCGACCGAACUUAAAGGUGUCCAAAUAUUCCACAGCAACAAAACUGCUGGUUGAUCCUAAAACUAAGAUCACUUAUGGGGUAGAGUUCUUAAAACGUAACAUCAGGUAUCGAGUGAGAGCGCGGCGCGAAGUAAUAUUGGCCGCGGGCACCAUCGGCUCCGCGCAGCUUCUUAUGGUAUCAGGCAUCGGUCCACAGCAGCAUCUCUUGGAAAAAGGCAUCACGCCCGUAGUCGACCUCCCAGUGGGAUACAAUCUCCAGGACCAUGUCACAUUCUCGGGAAACGCAUUCAUUGUGAAUGAUUCUCGACUUUGUGUUAACGAUCUCACAGCCGCGUCGCCACUCUCAGCAAUGGCGUAUCUAGCGGGUACAGGUCCUCUAACGCUCCCAGGCGGAGCGGCCGGUUUGGCAUUCACCCGGACCAGAUUCUCGGAGGACCACGCGGCGACCCGCCCCGACAUCGAACUAGUCAUGGGUGCCGGCUCGCUCGCCGGCGACAUGCUGGGGGUCUUGCGCGGAUUGCUAGGAGUUACCGACGAGUGGUUCUGGAAGACUUACGGGAGCAUGUCCGUACAGGCGCGAUUGCGCUCAUUUGCCUUGAACCCCGUCCUGAUCCGGCCGCGCAGCGUGGGCCGCCUAACGCUGCGCAGCGCCAGCUCCGCCGACCCACCGCGCAUACAUCCCAAUUAUUUCCACCAUCCCGACGACAUGAAUGCGCUGCGCGAAGGCGUGCGAUUGAUACAGACCAUAAUAAACACAAAAGCCUUCCAGCGAUACGGCACGAGAUUGCACGACACGCCGUUCCCGGGCUGCGAGAAUUUUAUUUUCGACUCCGACGACUACUGGGAAUGCGCUAUCAUGCAGACCUCCAUUACUUUGGACCACCAGGUCGGGACCUGUAAGAUGGCCCCAAGUGGUGACCCUACAGGCGUGGUGUCCCCGCGGCUCCGCGUGCGCGGCGUGUCCGGGCUGCGCGUCGCCGACGCGUCCGUCAUGCCGCGCAUCCCCGCGGCCCACACGCACGCGCCCGUGGUCAUGAUCGCCGAGAAGGCGGCUGACAUGAUCAAAGAAGAUUGGGCUUAUGUGCCCAUAUAUUAACCCAUGCCAAAUAUUAGUCACUAGUUAGGUUCAAAAAAUAUAUGUAUAAGUAAAGUUUA